GGGGAGGAGGAGAAGGAAUUGCUGGAUUGCUGGAGUUGUACGAACCCACAAAGGGUCUGGGAAACGCAUCUCUCUACCCUAUGCUUAGGACUGGUCAUCAGGCAUCUGCUGUGGGCAGCGUUGGAUGUCAGAGAGAUGCCCUGGCGUGUUCCUGGGUGUGAUGUGGGGGUAAGGGGACGGGACAGAUGUGCACCCUGCUGCCCAGGCCUACUCUGUGGGGAGCUGGGCGUGCAUUAGGGAACCACGUGGCAGCACAAUGAGCACGAAGCUGGCAGCUGUGAUUAUACGUUGGGAGAAUAUUUGGCUGCGGGUGCCAAGUGAGUCGGAGGACUUCAUUUAGGGCGGUGAAUGCGGAGAGAUGAGAACAAAAAAAGAGGAGAGACUGGAAUAUAGAUAUGGAGAGCCAGCUCCGAGCUCCAGGCAUCCCAUCACCCUGGGGGAAGGUAGUGGAUGUGUGCCGUCACCUGGCCCAGGGACGUGUCUGCAAGAGGGGUGACACAGGUGGCCAAGACCUCUUUUGGGCAUCUCCAUCCUUUUGCCUUCCUGGAGAGUUUUUUUACUGGGCACCCCUGCGACACAAUGGGAAGGAUGGAGAGGUCAGCGUCCCAGUCCCUGAUUUCAGGCACCGGGAACUGAUGGCCACUGCUCCCCUUCCCCAUGGGUCCUUAGGCCACGAGCUCCCGGAGGAGUGGCAGGGCCGGAGUGCAGGCAGUGUGCAACACACUCAGAUGUUCUGGUGCCAGCCAGCCCUGGGAAAAAGCUUUUUCCAGUGAGUCAUUUGCUGCCUCUGCUCUGUGUGAGGCAGUGAUGAGAUCUGGGGGAAGGGGAGAGAUGGAAAAAUGCAACCCAGAUCUCCCUGCUCUAGCAGGACCCCGUCCAUGCCAGCACAGCUGCCCUGCGUGUGCUUGUUGAAGGCAGCACCAGCAUCAGACAGCAGCAGAAAUAGAACAGGCCUGGCUAUUUUAAGACAUAGAUUGCAUGAUCUGGGUGUUAAAAUCAAAAAAAUCUUUAUUUUAGCUGCAACUGGCAGCAUGGGCUCGGAGAGGAGCAGGCAGGUGGUGCCUGCGGGCAGCCGGGCUGUGAGGCAGAGGGGCCGGGAGGUCUUCUUUUGCCCUUUUUGAUGCUGUUUGAAGAACCAGCGGGUGUUUCCUCUCGAGGAUACGGCAGCAGGGUUCCUCACCUGCGCUUCAUUUCUCCUUGCUGGAAACUGGGAGCGGUGGUGUUCAGUUGGAUGAGCGUUGGGUAGUGAUGCAGAGGGGUUAAAGUCUGGGUGGAUAGGAGCAGCCAAGCCUGUUCCCCUCCUUCCCCUCACCAUGCAGCAGUGGCCUCCCUGCUCCAUCUCCAGCAGCAGCACAGCUCCCAGCAGCGGAGCAUGGGCGCCUGCUGACACUUGUGCCCAGGCAGAACAAACAACUGAUGCUAAUUAAUUGGGAUUUCCAUGCCAAACAGAUGGUUUAUCAGGGGGAGGAAGAUGAUGUUUGGGGUUCUGAGAUAAUGUGGAUGAGCCAGGAGCGAAGGAGGGCUAUUGGAGAUAGGUACUGAACCAGCCAAUGGGCAGAGCUGUCUCUCCGAUAGCAACCCCAGCCAUAAAAGUUUAUUAGUUUAACUCAGUCUGAAAAUGCUUCUUCCUCUCUUUCCCUCAUCCCUUUCCUCUCUUCCCUCUUUUCUGUCAGAGACGUUUUAUGUUUGUUGCAAGUGGACUGCACAGCAGAAAGCAAAACUGCCUUGUGGGAGGUGGAUGGGAUUGUCGCAUAAUAAUGGUAUAAAGUUCACGUUUAUCUCUGUACCACAGCUUUGAUUGCAGGCUUCUGGUAAGCUCUUAGAACAGAUGAGAUCUUAUCAGGCCCUGUAACUCACCCCGUGCACCCGGUCAUAUGGCAGUUGUCACAUCAGCCUUGCUCUUCUCUCAGGGAUCCCUUUCCCUGCGAAUCCAGCUCACUGCUCAGCUGGGAGGCCUUUCUCACCAGCCCACAGCCGCAGGGUUUGUGUACCCAAGGCGUGGGGAGGCUGCUCAGUGCCUGGAUGACACGGAGGUGGGGCAUACACGAGGGGACUCUUUCCCUGCUGCAGUGCAGUGAACUUGCUCCAGCACAUGCUCGUUAGAUGAGCUCAGUCUCCUCUCGCCCUAAUAUUGGCUGGUUCUCUGCUUCCCUUCUCUUUCCAUAUUCCCUCUGCUCCACUCUUCAUUCAGGAUCCCUUGCCUAUUGCUUUGCCUUGAGGUGCCGCAGCAGAAGCAAGGCAAGACAGUGAGGACUGCCUGGAGCUGCUGCUGCUGCUGGAGUCCAUGGCGUACACCGGGACCCCACCGCCAGCGGGGCCCAUUGGCUCCCAGUACUGCGUGUGCAAAGUUGAGCUGUCCAUCUGUGGCCAAAACCUGCUGGACAGGGAUGUCACUUCCAAGUCUGACCCCUUCUGCGUCCUCUUCAUGGAAGUCAAUGGAAAAUGGGUGGAGCUCGACAGGACAGAGACAGCUGUGAACAAUCUCAACCCAGCCUUCUCCAAGAAGUUUGUUGUUGACUACCACUUUGAAGAAGUGCAGAAGCUCAAGUUUGCCCUGUUUGACCAGGACAAGUCGAGCACGCAGCUGUAUGAGCAUGACUUCCUUGGCGAGUUCUCUUGCACGCUGGGCACGAUUGUCUCCAGCAAGAAAAUAACAAGAACUCUCCUUUUGGGGAAUGGCAAGCCAGCUGGGAAAGGGAUGAUAACGAUAGCUGCCCAAGAGCUGUCAGACAACAGGGUGAUUACUCUGAGUAUGGCUGGCAGGAAACUGGAUAAAAAGGACCUGUUUGGAAAGUCAGACCCCUUCUUGGAGUUCUAUAAACCCGGUGACGAUGGGAAAUGGAUGCUGGUCCACAGAACAGAGGUGAUCAAGUACACGCUGGACCCCAUCUGGAAGCCAUUCACUGUGCCUUUAGUGUCACUGUGUGAUGGAGAUGUGGAGAAGCUGAUUAAGGUCAUGUGUUAUGACUACGACAGCGAUGGGGGACACGACUUCAUUGGGGAGUUUCAGACCUCAGUGGCCAGGAUGUGUGAAGCCCAAGAUGCCUUUCCACUAGAACUAGAGUGCAUUAACCCCAAAAAGCAGAAGAAGAAAAAGAAUUACAAGAACUCUGGGAUCAUCAUUGUCAAGUCCUGCAAAAUAACCAGAGAUUUCUCAUUCCUGGACUACAUCCUGGGAGGCUGCCAGCUGAUGUUCACUGUCGGGAUCGACUUCACUGCCUCCAACGGGAACCCACGGGACCCCUCCUCUUUGCACUACAUCAACCCCAUGGGAACAAACGAAUACCUGUCGGCAAUCUGGGCUGUCGGGCAGAUCAUCCAGGACUAUGACUCAGACAAAAUGUUUCCUGCUCUGGGAUUUGGUGCCCAGCUCCCGCCAGACUGGAAGGUAUCCCAUGAGUUUGCCAUUAACUUCAACCCCACGAACCCUUUCUGUUCAGGUGUGGAGGGCAUUGUCCAAGCAUACUCAGCCUGCCUGCCUCACAUCCGCUUCUACGGACCCACCAACUUCUCCCCCAUCGUCAACCACGUGGCCCGGUUUGCAGCUCAGGCAACCCAGCAGGAGGCUGCAUCCCAAUACUUCAUCCUCCUCAUCAUCACGGACGGAGUCAUCAGUGACAUGGAUGAGACGCGCCAUGCCGUGGUGCAGGCAUCCAAGCUGCCCAUGUCCAUCAUCAUCGUGGGAGUGGGCAAUGCUGAUUUCGCUGCCAUGGAGUUCCUGGAUGGGGACAGCCGGGUGCUGCGCUCCCACACUGGCGAGGAGGCCGUGCGUGACAUCGUCCAGUUUGUGCCCUUCCGGGAUUUCCGCAAUGUGAGUCUGUGCCCCCCAGCAGUGGGGCCCGGGGCUGCGGUGCCGUCCCCUGGAGAAGAGGUGGCUCCAGGGAGACCUCACUGUGGCCUUCCAGUACCUACGGGGACCCCAGGGAGGAUGGGGAGGGACUCUUGUCAAGGGAUGUAGUGAUAGGAGAAGGGGGAAUGGCUUUAAACUAACGGGAAGUUUAGGUUAGAUGUAAGGAAGAAAUUAUUGGCUGUGAGGGCUGUGAGGCCCUGGCACAGCUGCCCAGAGCUGUGGGUACCCCAUUGCUGGGCGUGCCCCAGGUCCUGGAUGGGGUUCUGGGGAAACCUGGUGAAUGGGAGGUGUCCCUGCCCAUGGUCUGGAUGUGACAUCUCAUUGGAAGGAGGCAAUCUUUGAGGUCCCAAACUGUUCUGAUUCUGUGUUUCUGUGAUCCGACCCACGUCCUUCUGUGUGUGGUUCUCAUCUUGGAAGAGGGGCAUCCCCAGCAGAUGCCAAAACGUUUCAGAGCCACUUAAAAGAGAGAGCACUCAUUGUGCGCCCAUCAGCUCUACCCUCUCCCACACCACCUGCCUCGCUCUGCCCUGCAAGAGAACUGUCCCCAAGAUGGUGACAUACAGUAUAACCACAGCUGUAUCCAGUCCUGUGCCACCUGCUGCUUUUUCGUUUUGCCUGCAGGCCCCCAAGGAGACACUGGCCAAAGCUGUGCUGGCAGAGCUGCCCCAGCAAGUUGUGCAGUACUUCAAGCACCAAAACCUGCCCCCCAUCAACUUGGAGCCCGCGUAGCGCCGUGCCCGGCCCCGUCUGCAUGUUGCCGAAGUCUGUUGGUCCCACUGAAAGUGCAUGUUCCACAUGCUGUUCAAUGAAGAAUACCCUCCCCGAAACACACAGGUUUGUACUUCUUAAUUUAAGUGUUAAGUUCUUAAAGCUCAUCCUGGAGAAGCGCCUGGAUCCACUUUGUACGGCUGCAGCCCGAGGUAACACCGAGAGGCCGGGCCAUGCCCCAGUCCCACUCCAUUGAGUCACUUUUCAGUAUUGAAUGUACUUUGUAUAAUUUUAGUGGAACAGGAUACAAUUUUUACAAACAAAACUUGCUUUUUCCAACAGUGAAAUGCUUAAUAUAUUAUUAUUAUUAUUAUUAUUGUUACCAUUUGUUGAACUGGUCGUGUAUCUGUGCCGUACCCGUACCGCUGUCAUGCUCUAUGUUCAUUUUUAUACUGUGUACAUGUUAUAUUUGUUAUACUCAGGUUAAUAAAGAAACUCGGACAUUUAAAA